AUGAGAGAGAGAGAAAGAGAGAGCUCACUGAGGGAACUGACUCACAGCUUCAGUAAUUAGACAUGAUUCUGACUAAACCCAGAGCAAAUCUGUAGGAGAUAAAGAUACAGAAGAAGACUUGUGCGGGUAUCGUGAAGACACAGUGAUGAUAAGGAGGAGGAGGAAGAGGUGGAGGAGUAGCAGUGGGCAGUUAUGAGGAGGAGAAGGAGGAGGAGGAGGGAAUCCAUAUGGGAAGGAGCAGCCCGCGGCUCCGCUGCAGCGAGACACAGAGACCGGAGGAGAGGACGAGGAACCUCAUUUCUGUCCGGAGAUGAAAAAGUCUUUAAUCACACACUGAGCUGUGGGACUUCAUUCGGUGCCAGCAUGUAUUUUGGUAAUGUGUGCCACAGUCCCCUGCCGUCGCUGGCUCGUCCCACGCUGGGCAGAACCCAGCCGUCCCCCGACCCCAAGGCCCUCCUCCCCUUCCAUCUGCUGCCUGGAUUCACCGACCAGAUGGAUCAUCUCCACAAAGCUCUGAUUAGCCCAUGCUUCGGGUUAACUUCACCCUUGAAGAGGAAGCCCGGCUCCUGCGGCGUUUGCCGAGUGAGAUUCAACUCUGAGGCUCAGGCGUCCUCUCACUACAGCGGCACAAGGCAUGCGAAAAGACUCAAAGCUCUGGACGCCCCAGAUUCUAAGAUCAAGACCUUCGAACCAGUCGCCAAGGAAACCACAUCACAAAUCCUCUCGUCAUCCUGCUCACAGCCCUCUGGCUCUGACACACCAUCAGAAGACCCCUCGGCCCCAAACUCGGCUCCAGACACAACAUCUUUAAGUAGCGGUCUCGCUGAAGCAGCAAAAGAACCCACCAACCACUCCCUGCCAGCCAGUCCGAGGACAGCUGAGAAAGAUGGCGAAGCCAAGACUCCAGAUCAAGAGACAGAGGAAGAGAAAGCGAAACGACUUCUCUACUGCUCCCUCUGCAAGGUGGCUGUGAACUCUGCCUCUCAGCUCCAGGCUCACAACAGCGGUACUAAGCACAAAACGAUGCUUGAGGCCAGAAGCGGCGAUGGAGCCAUCAAGUCUUUUCCCAGGAUAGGAGUCAAAUCUAAGAUGGCCGCUCCGUCUGAGCCGUCAACUGGACUCCAAAACAAAACUUUUCAUUGUGAGAUCUGUGACGUGCAUGUCAACUCUGAGACUCAGCUCAAACAGCACAUCAGCAGCAGACGACACAAGGACAGAGCAGCAGGUAAACCGGCCAAACCAAAGUUCAGCCCCUACGCUCCCACUCAGCGACUCCAAAGUCUCCAGGCAAUAAGACUUACUCUGCGAAAAAACCAGGACUUGGCCAAACCUCUCGCCUCCUGUGUCCUACAUCGUCAAUUAUCCGUUGCCGCUGCUGCUGUACCACCGCUGGCACCCUUCUCCCUCCGAACCGCAACAAACUCCAGUCACGCCCUGUUUCAUGGUCAACCUCUCCCCCAGGCUCUGCUUCAUCCAGCCGCUGGACCCAUCUGUUCGCCUCACACGUCAGUUCUGUUUUCCUCCUUCUGACCACAUCGGUAUCUCAGCCAGCUUUGAGCGACGACAAGAACAAAGUCCCUAGAUCCUAACCAGAUCUGCCAGAAGACAGCACUCCCUGUUCUCAGCAAACCAACGGCGCGUCUCGAACCGCAGAGGAAUGGUUGCAGACACAAGAACAAACACAAAAGAUGUCAUGACACGAGGAGAUGGGGGAAAAAAAAGUGAAACAGUAAAAAAUGAGGUAUUUUUAGAGAUGCUGUGGUGUUUGACUGUGUGCAGGUGCUAAUGAAGCUUUCGCAGGUCUGCAAUAUGUGGAACCCGAUGCAUUAUGCCAUACGUGUUGAAUGAUAAAAAUGUUAACAGCUGGGUAUUUUGCAGCUAUACAAAUAUAGUAGCCUGCAAACCUUUGGGCGCCUGAGUCACAAUUAAUCUCGUUAAUGUAAAGACAUUUUUAUUUUUUGUUAAACUUUUUUUUUUUUUAACCACUUUUCCAUUUAAACUAACAAAACAAAAAUACUGAAGUAUUCGCUCUCUGCAUGGUGACACCUUGCACUUUGGUAAGCAUUACAGCUAUUAAAUACUGGCAAAAAGCUAUUUUGUUUGUUCUUCAUUAUUUCAGUUGUAACCAUUUUGAAGCAAGGAAACGACUCCCAGAAACGCCUUGCUUCAGCUGACAUUCACAUGCAGUUAUUCAAAUGUCUUGUUCAAGUUAAGAAGUAGCCGCUAUGACAGGCUUGUAGACAGUGGUUUUUAAGAAAAAUCUUCUAAAUUCGCAUUCAGUGGCAAAAGAAUGCAAAUUUAAUCUUAUAUCCAAGAAGUUUGUAACAUCACUUAGUUAAAUUAAUGCUACCUUAACAUUGCUUUAAUGUUAAAGCAACGUGAGAGUUGCUUUAACAUUACAGUUAAAGUUGCUCAGCUCAAUUAGACUCCAUUUAGUUUUUAGGGUUACAAAAAUCUAAAAUAUACUUUAAAAUACAGCGCCAUCCUAUAAUUGCUGUAACAAAUGUAUUUAGACAAGGAACACUCUUUGUGUCAUAGCUUCAAGCAAAUCUGCUUUUAGAUGUUACAGUUACAGGUAGAACUAAAGCACUACAUGAAAACCCUCAUCAAAAAUGAAAAAAUUGCUUAAGUCUGAGGUAACAAAUCUUUGCUGCACAAUAAAUGUACAAUAUUUUAACAUUUUAUCAGUUAAAGCUGUUUAAUUUCUUAAGAGAAUAAAAUUAAAAAAGGCCCCUUGAUGAAUAUCUGUUUCUGAUGUCUAUAUAUUAAUAAUAUGAGCAGAGGCUUCACUCAACAAACUCAUUGUCUCUGUUCUUUCUUUCAGUUUUCGGAAGUUGGCAACCAUAGUGAGGAGUUUAUUGCCAUUAGGAAGCAAAAACGUCUCCAUGGCGCUCCUUCUCUUCUUCCCAAAUAUGAGUCACCAACAUUGACGAAAAACGUAUUAAAAGCUGCAGUUGCAGACUUAACUCUUCUUCCACUUGCAUGGGAGGAAAUGCUAACUGUGGUUGCCCAAAUCUUUGCAUGUCACUGUAAGCAUAAUGCCACUCAGAGUACUGUUUUUUUUUUUUAAACAGGUGCUGUGGAUUACAUGUAGGAGUGAUUGCAGAUGGUUUCUAUUUUGCCUUACUUUAGGCAAAAAGCCUUUUCAUUGAUUAAAGUGACUUUAGAACAAAUCAAAUGCUCCAAUAUGCCCCAUUCACUGAAAAUUACAAAAACAAAAUUUGUAUCAGCAUAUGUAGUCACACAUCUGCUUGCCGUAGGGAUAUUGGCCUCAUUAAAAAAAAGCUGCAAUGAAA